AUGUUGGAUAACAUCUUCUCUAACUCCCUCGCAAUGGCAGGUCGGACUAGUUCGUUUAUUAUUGCUGUACUGGUUAUAGCUCUUCUCGUUCGGAUAGCGUAUAGCAUUGUCUAUAAUGCCUAUUUCCAUCCCCUCAGUAAAUAUCCGGGCCCGAGAUUUGCUGCCUGGACCGAUAUUCCCCAUUGUUGGUGGUUCCUCGGUGGGCGGCAACCUUACAAGUUCCUUGAACUUCAUGAAAAAUAUGGGCCCGUCGUGCGUACGGCUCCCAAUGAGCUCUCGUUUAAUAGCUCCCAGUCGUUCAAGGACAUCUAUGGCCUUCGACAGGGACACAAGGUCUUCAUAAAGGGCGAGUUCUACGCCGGUGGCACUUUUGCCGCUCGAGGUGUUAGCUCAAUCAUCAGCGAGCGUGACCCAACCCAACAUGGCCAUAUGCGACGACUCCUGGCACAUGCAUUUUCUCUGACGUCUUUGAAAGAGCAGGAGGAGCUCAUAAUAGAAACCAUAGACCGUUUCAUCGAACUUGUCAAGAGUAAAGCAUGUGUACAGGGGGAAGUAUUUGAUAUCUCUAAGGGUUAUGAGAGAAUGGCUUUCGACAUCAUUGGGGAUUUAGCAUUCGGACAAAAGUUUGGGGCACUUGAAUCUGAUGAGACUCACCCCUGGAUUGCAACUCUCUUAGGCGCCUUGACAAAGGGUGCAAUGGCGGAUACCUUUAAGCGUUUCCCAAAUGUCGCGAAGGUCAUCGGUUUCUUAGCACAGAGGCAACUGGCAAAACUAUACAAAGAUACAGCAGAUAAUGAACAGAUGGCGAUUGAUCUCGUCGAAAAGCGUAUCAAUACUGAUACAAACCGAAAGGAUUUUAUGACGAGGAUAUUGGAGCAGCGUAAUAAUGAGCGGCAUAAGGUAUCUGACCUACAACUUAGUGCCCACGCAUGGGAUUUUGUAACAGCAGGUUCGGAAACUACAUCAACGGCACUCUCGUGUUGCACUUAUUACAUCCUCCGCAACCCCGAAAUCUUAGAAAAUAUAACUCGUGAGGUUCGUGGUGCUUUUACAGAGAGCAGCCAGAUCAAUGAUGCGUCGACGAAAGACUUGACAUAUCUGAAUGCCGUCUGCCUUGAAGCCAUGCGCAUUUACCCCCCACUACCCCUGGGCGUUCCCCGCAUCGUCCCUGAGGGUGGUGACACUGUUGAUGGCCACUUCUUGCCUGCCGGGAUUACCGUUGCGACCAACCCAAUGGCUGCCAGCCUAGACGCACGGAAUUUUAAAGAUCCAUUAUGCUUUAAGCCAGAGAGGUGGCUAGAUAGCGAGGCUUCUACUGAAAACCGAGAUAACCUCGAAGCUAGCCAGCCUUUUUUGCUAGGUGCUAGAGGGUGUUUGGGGAAAAGCUUGGGGUGGAUGGAAAUGCGAACAACACUUGCCAAGGUUCUAUGGACUUUUGAUCUGGUCUUAGUAGACAAGGAGCUGGAUUGGCUUAGGGACAGCCGCAUGAGUACCCUUUGGAAGAAACCGCCUUUGAAGAUUCGUGCAUCGCUUGCUCAAUGAGCGCUUGCGUCGCUUGCAACUUUCAUAAACCCGACAGAGUUAAGCAUCAUAGAGGAAGAAGAGAGGGAGCAGCGGAUUUCAGCAAGAUAGUUUUCAAAAUACAAGUUCUAGUAUCAUUAUU